AUGACCAAACGACCUUCGUGCGACGGCGCUGCAGCAACGCUGCUGCGACAGCGGGCAACUUACUGGUUGUACGAGCAACAACGGGAAACGUGCAAGCAACAUAAACAUACCGCAGAAAUCGUUUGGCAGCAGCGAAUCGGCAACGUGGGUGACUUGAACAGACGGAGUGAAGGCGGUAUUAUCCGGAAGGCCCGUUUCGGUUGUGGUGGUGGUCGCGUUAGCGGACAGCGAUUGCUGAAACCUUUCCAAGUCCAUAACAACCAUCGAGUGGAGAGUCUCACCUUGAACUUUAUAAACGGUGGAGCCGACGGCACAGACGAAGGGCAGGCCGAUGUUGGAAACAAGCAAAUACGCGACUCUAUUUGCAUCCAAGCACGUCUGCUUUGGCUUGCACCUGAAACCAUCGGAAACUACCACUUUCUGCGUCUCUAUCUAGGAGAACAACAAGCACCAGAACCCUUACGCCAGCAACAACAGGAGUUUCAAGCUGCACAGCGUGACGAUCCAUUCGAAGCAAACCAGUAUCUUAUCACUCUCUCUCUCUACGGAGUGUCGCCCAACGAUCCACAACUACCAGCGACAGGCAGCGUCAUUUCCUUCUCGCCCACCGAAUUCAGUAUUUACCGGAACUGCUGCCAAGUGAAUGCGAAACUAUCGGCUAUCAAAACAAUCAACGAUCCCUGA